AUGUCUGUUGAUGCUGACCAAUCAACAAAUCCCAACACCAUCUCACCCGAUGUCAGUGAAAACGUGAAUGAUUCGCCAGAGAGUCCAGCGGCUGUGGAGAAGGAGAUUCUAGACUCUCCAGCAAGCCCGGACCUCGAGUCUCCCGAGAGUCCAGCGGCUGUGGAGAAGGAGAUUCUAGACUCUCCAGCAACAAGCCCGGACCUCGAGUCGCCCGAGAGUCCAGCGGCUGUGGAGAAGGAGAUUGUAGACUCUCCAGCAAGCCCAGAUCCAGAGUCUCCGGAGAUCCCAGCACCUGAGGACUCUGAUUCAAUGGAGAUGGAUCCGCCUGACUCUACUAUAUCAGAGGUAGCACCAGUGAUUCUAGCGAAUGUUGCGGCUGCACCACCACCUAAUUCAGCGGAUGAGACAGAACCAUUUGUUCGAGUGGGGGAAGUUGUUUGCCCACCAGCAGAUGAGGUGGAACCU